CGCAGGAGUCGUCUCUGAGCCUAUUCUGUUGCUCUCUCGCCCACUGCUCCUCGCACUUGCUCUCGAGUCGUCCAGUUAGCACCUAGCACCAAGUCAGAGUUUCUGAAAAUCCCAGCCGGCUCAUCAUGAAUCGCCACCACCCAUACAACCAAAGCUUCGAAAAUUCUCGCAGAGGCGGCAACUCUUCCGGAGCAUUUGGCCCUGACAGAAGUCAUCACCGCGGUGGCCAUCGUGGCGGCGGUAGAAACGUCGGCCGCAACCGCGGCGGAGGUUCAUUCAACAACACCUACGAUUCGAGUCCCAGCCCGUAUGACCAGGGCCCUCCUCCGCAGGGCGACUCAGGUCCAUACAAUAAUUAUAGUAACGUCCAAGAUCCCUAUUAUCUGAAUGGAGGCGGAUACAAUGCUGGCCCGCCCGAUCAGUAUGGCGGCGGCGCCCAAGAUGGUUAUGGUCAGGGAUACACCGGCAGCUUUGAAGACGGUCCAGAUGGAAACUAUGACGAUAGAGGAGGCUAUGGUACGCGACCUCAGCAAGGGAAACGCAACGUGCGGCGAGAGCGCGAUGACAAAGUCCACGAUUCCAUCAUUGAAGAACGCAUCCAGCGUGAAAGACCGUGCCGUACCUUAUUUAUUCGUAAUAUCAAGUACGAGACCAAUAGUGACGACGUACGUCGAUCCUUUGAAGAGCACGGCGAUAUCAAAACAUUCUUUGACCUCAUAUCAACCCGCGGAAUGGUUUUCGUUACUUACUUCGAUUUGCGAGCAGCUGAGAGAGCGAGAGACCGUCUUCAAGGAUCUGAAAUAAGUGGCCGACCCAUUGAUGUCCACUACUCACUGCCUCGAGACGAUGGCGGGAAAGGUGGAGACAAAAACCAGUAUCAGGGAACUCUUAUCGUUACGAUGCGCAACUCUUCAUCAGGGCAAGGAAUCGACGACAAUGAGGUUCGAAGAAGGUUCCAGCAAAUAGGGGAUGUGAAAUCUGUGAUGCCUGGUGACCAUCCUGCCCAACGAUACGUUGAGUUCUACGAUAUUAGGGCUUGCGAUAUAGCGUUCGACCGUUUGAAUCACCAACCUUUGCAAGAUGGAAUGAUGGAGGUUACAUUUGCAUGGGAAGAGCAAGAAGUAACGGGUCCCGCCACCCAACGCCAGCCAAAGUUUGACGGUGGCGGAGGCCGUGAUUGGGAUGAUGGCCAUCGUGGCGGCGGUACUCAUGGACGACGAGGUCACCGUGGCGGCCGCGGAAGAGGCAAGGGGCGUGGAGGCUCAAACAGCGGAGGCGGUGGGCAGAAUGAUGGGUGGGACCGCAGAGAUGACUGGGGUAGUGGGGAUCGCCGUCGCUUUGAGGACGACUUUCGUGGCGGACGUGGUGGGAGAGGGGGAGGCGGCGGUGGAGGUGGUGGAGGAGGCAGUGGAGGAUACGGAGGUGACAGAUUUGACAGCCGUAAUGGCUCGAAUGGUUUGCCUUCGGGACCAGGCGGUCCUGGAGGUUAUGGGCCUCCGCCUGGCUAUGGUGAGCCUCCAAGUGGGCCAAGUGGUUAUAGUGCACCUCCUCCCAAUGCACCCGCGGUUCCUCAACCUCAAGCUGGUCCUGCCGGUGAUCGGUUGGAGCAAGCCCGUCAAGUUCAGCAAUUACUCGCCGCUCUGAAGCAGCCUAUCAGUAGCAACACGCCUCCCAUGAACACUCAACCUGCCUCUCUCCCACCUACAACAUUAGGCAUGCCCCCAUUGCCCCCUUCACAAAAUGGUGCCGGUUACUAUGCCCCCCCACCCCCAAGCAUGGCUUCGCAGCCUCCUUAUGGCGCAGUGCCUCCUGGUCCCGGAAGCGCCCCUGCGUACGGCUCGUUGCCGCCGCCGCCGAGUUCAGCGACACUACCCUCAAGUCUUCCGCCGAAUAUUCUGGCAUUGUUGCAACAACAGACCCAAGGUGCACCAGCUUCAGGACCACCCCAAGCUGCGCCUCCUCCAGGCCAUUAUGGCAUGCCUCCCCCUAUGAUGUCUCCUCCUCCGAUGUCCAGCAUGCCUCCUGGAGGUUCACCCCCUACAAGCGGUGGGUAUCAAAGCUACAUGGGAUACAUGCCUCCAAAGCGGUCGUAAUUAUUGUUGUAUCUAUUCACGUAUACGAACAAUGAAUGGG